AACUGGAGUAGUUUCGUUUAUUAUUACGUACAGUACAGACAUGUCAAGAAUCUGUUGCAACUUUACUACACUUCUGUUGGCCAUUCUUUUGGUAACAACGUACACCACUUCUCUACAGCAUCGAAUAGUGGUCGAAGAUCUCGAUUACAAUCAUUACAAUGAACACCAAAAUUUCCAACCAGCGGUAAAGUUUGACAGACCAAUUGUCGUGAAGGCUUUUGAGAAGCCAAAGAACCAACAAGAUUUUAGCAAAAUUCCUGGUAUUCCGGGUGUAGACUUUCCUUUGUACCAUACCGUACCUCCGACAAGUUUUUCCUGCGCACACGUUCCCUUCGUACCAGGAAUGUACGCGAACGUGGAAACCGGUUGUCAGGCAUAUCACAUUUGUCACGAUGGUCGCGAAGGUCAUCAAGGUGCAUCUUUUCUCUGUACUAAUGGAACUCUUUUCAAUCAACGGGAAUUUGCUUGUGAUUGGUGGUAUAACGUGAAUUGUGCUGAUGCGCCAGCUUUGUAUAGGUUAAAUUUAGAUCCUUUGAAGAACCCUUAUAUACCGGAAGAAAGAAAAGAGAUAAUUCGGAAGCAGAAUAUGAGAAUCGUCGUGUAUUAAAAUUUCUAAUCUAUAUCCUAAAUAUAAUUUAA